UCCAGAGAUAAGCCUAAAGCAGGUGACGUGGAGUCAACUAAACAACAUUGUAGUGAAGUAGAUGUACACGUCCGAGUCAAAGUAUUCGUGGAUGACCAUCAGAAUGGUAUCUCAGCUAAACACACUGGCAGUGAUCCUGACACUGGUGAUACACCAGGUCCUGGUCGAGGGUCAGUGUGUGGCGAAGGGAACAACUCCUGACAUACGGGAGUUGGUGUUGGGGAGGUGUGUUGACUACCAGACGAACAUCAACCCUGGACCAUUCUGUGUGAACGGGGUAUCUAGACACAGAAACUGUACUGCUCUAGCAGAUAAGUUCAUCUCUGCAUUCGCCUUCCAGACUGUGUGUAAUGUAAGUUACAGUCGAUAUGAUGACUUUAUCAAAGCAGCCCAUAUUGACGUUUCUCCCGGUCAGAGUAUGUUCUGGUCUGGUGUUUAUGGUGUCGUGCAGAUGUACAGCAACCGUGGGCAGAGAGCAACAGUGCUUGAAGACACCCUCAUAGGUUACAUGGUUGAUGGGUUACAGUUCUGUGCCCAGACCCAUCUCCCUGGGAUAACGUAUGGUGCAGAUUGUCCUGGAUUCGACCAGACUGCCAACUGUACAAACAAUGCUGAGUUUUCCUUCUGGGCCAUGGCGUCGAAAAAUUAUGCAUCCCAUGCCAGUGGCGAAGCCCAUGUUAUGUUGAAUGCAAGCAGAGACCAGCCAUUCCGAGAUUCAUCUUUCUUUGCAACGUGGGAAGUACCGAACAUGAACGCUAGCCAACUGUCAAAGGUCAAUAUUCUUAUGGUUCAUAUACCGGGACAAAAGAUAAGAUCAACAUGUAACAGCAACAACAUCUCCGAACUGAAAAAGCGACUGAGGGACAGAAACAUUGCGUCUUCCUGUCAGGACAGCCCAAGAGGACCCCAAACAAUGCUUUGUGUGGACUACCCAGGAGAAAAGGAGUGUCAUAUUGGAAAUGCAGGCGCAUUGUCUCACCCUGGUCUUAUUGGAUGAACACAGCCUUCAAGGCCAUCUUUCUGAAACUGACCGAGCGAUUAGUACUCCAUUAUUGGUGCGCAUGUGUAGUAAGUGAAUUAGAGAAUGCGUGCGCAGACAAGAGUUAUCGUCCUUUACCAUCUUUAAUGUUUCAUGUGAAUUAAAGUAUACUUGAGCAGAAAUGGUUAUUGUUCAAUUUCCACUCAAGUGAUUCUUGUAAUUAAAAGCCAAUGUCAAUAUCGGUUGUUUUUCUCAAAAAGAAAACAAACCUUUGAUCGUUUCCUAAAAAGUUACUUUAUAUAUCUUUAUUGUCAGUGUCGUUUGCAUUAACCAACGUGUUUGUAUGUCUGUAUCCGGUCACCAACAACUAGACUCUAAUUUGAAUCAUAACAAGAGCAAAACGAUGCUUGAAUUAGGUUGGUCAAAAGGAUGUAUUAAUAUGAGAAAUCAAGUAUGACUAGGCAUCAAAUAUUGUGUAUUAAAUUAUGGUUAAAGCAG